AUGAAUUUGAUUUUGUUUUGUUUGAUUUGUUUGGGUGAUGUUCUUCCAUUGAGCACUGGUGGUGUGAAUGUGAUAUUUAAUGAUGUUGAGCGACUAACAUGCACAUCACUACCAGAUUCAUUGGUGUUACAUAAGAGAUGUCAAAGUGAAGAACGAGUUCUUGAAGAAGUAAGAUCAACGAAUACGCCCUCACCUUCGUCUCGCCCGGGUCCAGCUGUAGCACCCAAACGAUUUCGUAUGUGA